CCCCUUACGACUUACUUCUCAAUAUUAACAGGCGACUUGUCCUCCAAACCUCGAUGCCGUACUUUUAAUCCUUUACCAUUUAUUUUUCUUUACACUCCUUCCGGCAACACAUCAAUUCGAGCUUGCUGGUUUAAUUCUUUGGGAAUUUGGGCUUUUAGAAGCUCCCUGGAUCUACAGAGCUUCUCGAUUUUCAUCUGAAAUACACUAUGGCACGUACUGGAAAAUCCGUGCACGCAGAUGUCGCAAAGGGCUCGAGGAGCCCUUCAAGGCAACCUGCUACCAAGAAAUCAACAGAUUAUACCUCUGAAGGGGUUAAAGAUCAAGAUGUCUUCCUCCUUCCUGGCUCCGAUUUUCAGGUCAUGACCGUCCUGACACUGUUGGGUGCUAUCGUCAGACUUUUCCGCAUCUAUCAACCAAGCAGUGUGGUAUUUGAUGAAGUCCACUUUGGAGGUUUCGCCUCGAAAUACAUAAAGGGUAAAUUCUUUAUGGACGUACAUCCUCCUUUGGCUAAACUAUUGAUUACACUUGCGGGAUACUUGGCUGGAUUUGACGGAGAAUUUGACUUCAAAGAUAUCGGAAAGGAUUAUGUGGAACCAGGUGUACCAUAUGUUGCUAUGCGAUUAUUACCAGCUAUCUGCGGAAUCCUCUUGGUUCCUACUAUGUUCCUAACUCUCAAGGCCGCAGGUUGCAGAACCAUGACAGCUGCUAUGGGAGCUGGAUUCAUUAUAUUUGAAAAUGGAUUACUUACCCAAGCACGUCUGAUUCUCCUCGAUUCUCCUCUCAUGAUCAUGACAGCCACGACAGCGCUUGCAUUUACAUCUUUUACAAACCAACAUGAACAGGGACCUACGAAAGCAUUUGGACUUAGCUGGUGGUUUUGGUUGGUUAUGACGGGUUUUGGUUUGGGAGCCACCGCCAGUGUCAAAUGGGUUGGACUUUUCACAAUUGCUUGGGUCGGUAGUCUUACUGUAUUGCAACUGUGGGUUUUGCUUGGAGAUGCAAAAACUGUCACACCGCGCAUUUUCGCCAAGCACCUCGUUGCACGAAUCUUUUGUCUUAUUAUCAUUCCCCUUACAUUCUAUAUGGCCAUGUUUGGUAUCCACUUCCUAUGUCUAGUUAACCCAGGAGACGGCGAUGGAUUCAUGAGCUCUGAGUUCCAAGCAACUCUUAAUUCGAAGUCCAUGCAAGAUGUUCCCGUAGAUGUUGCUUUUGGAAGUCGAGUUAGCAUCAGGCACCACAACACCCAAGGAGGAUAUCUACACUCUCACAAUCUUAUGUAUCCAACUGGUAGCAAGCAACAGCAAAUCACAUUGUACCCCCACAAAGACGAGAACAAUAUCUGGCUCUUGGAGAACCAGACUCAACCACUUGAUAUCAACGGACAACCAAUCAACGGAUCAUUGGCCUGGGACGCUUUACCUGAACCAAAGCUCAUUCAAGACGGUGAUGUCCUCAAGCUAUACCAUCAACCUACACAUCGUCGCCUCCAUUCUCAUGAUGUUCGCCCGCCAGUUACCGAGGCAGAUUGGCAAAACGAGGUGUCCGCUUAUGGUUACGAAGGAUUCGAAGGCGAUGCUAACGACUUCUUCCGUGUCGAGAUCAUCAAGAAAAUGUCCGACGGAGAAUUGGCUAAGACUCGCUUACGAACAAUUCAGACCAAGUUUAGACUUGUUCAUAUCAUGACUGGCUGUGUUUUGUUCUCACACAAAGUCAAGCUUCCUGAGUGGGCGUCCGAACAGCAAGAAGUCACAUGCGCCAAGGGAGGAACUCUUCCCAACAGUGUUUGGUAUGUUGAGCAAAAUGAGCAUCCUCAACUGGGAGCAGACGCGGAGAAAGUCAACUACAGGAAUCCAGGGUUCUUUGGCAAAUUCUGGGAGCUCAACAAAGUCAUGUGGCACACAAAUGCUGGUUUGGUUGAAUCCCAUGCUUGGGACUCUCGUCCUGAUUCUUGGCCUAUUCUCAGACGUGGUAUCAAUUUCUGGGGAAAAGACAAUCGUCAAAUUUACCUCAUUGGUAACCCUGUAAUUUGGUGGAGCUCGACAUUGGCUGUUGUUUUAUUCGUAGCCUUUAAAGGACUUGCCGUUCUCCGUUGGCAAAGAGGGUUCAGAGAUUACGAUAACCCAGUUUUCAAGCGAUUCGACUACGAAAUUGGAACAUCUGUUCUUGGGUGGGCUUUCCAUUAUUUCCCAUUCUACCUGAUGCAGCGUCAGCUUUUCCUUCACCACUACUUCCCCGCACUUUAUUUCGCCAUAAUCGCGUUGUGUCAGAUCUUUGACUUUAUCACUGCCCGUGUUCCUGGUAUCGGUCUGCGCGAACGCCCAUUCAUUGGAAGGAUUGGCGCUGUCAUUUUCCUAACCCUUAGCAUGGUUGUCUUUGCUCUCUACUCUCCAUUGGCAUACGGCAAUCCAUGGACACAAUCGGCCUGCAAGCAAGUCAAGCUUUUUGAAAAGUGGGACUGGGACUGCAAUACCUUCUUGAACAAUUACUCUGACUAUGGAACUCAAUCUAUCAAUGCAAACGCCGACGUCCACAAGACAGAUUCGCCAUUGAUCCCAACCAAUGCUGCUGAAAUCCCAGCACAGGCUGGGGCUGGCGAGCAGAAACCCCUUGUAGAACAAGAGAACGUCUCAGGAGCACCAGAAGGCAAACCAGAAGGCUUGGUCUCUCCACCGCCAGCCGCCCCUGUCGCUAGUCAUAGCAUUGUUUCUCGUGAGGAGAAAGUUGAAUAUAGAGAUCAAGACGGUAAUAUCCUUGAUCCUGAGGCAGUAAAGUCUCUCGAAGGAAAAGUCAGCUUCAAGACCAGAUAUGAAACCAGGACCCGUAUGGUUGAUGCCCAAGGCAAUGAGAUCAACCCACCUGAGGAUGAUGCAGUUGGAGUCGCACCACCUCAUCCAGACGUUGAAGGUUCUGACCCUCAAACUGUCGGCAAAGCAGAGCCAGAUGUUCAGGAAAAGCCAUUGGCACAACCUGACGUGCAAGCUGAUGAGAGCAAGGAGCAAAGCAUUGAGAAAUCUGAUGGCGGAGCUGCUAAACCGGCUAGUGAAGGGAACGAGGCGACUGCAGCUUAGGGGUUUCAUUUCUUUUGUCAUGUCUAGAAAUCAGAGGAGACAGUACGGAAAAUAUUCGGCCCAAUGGCCCUUGUAACAUAGAACACAUGUGACAGCAAUUCUAUUAAUCUAAGAUGAAAAAAUUGUGCACCAGGUACCUUACAAAAAUUGGUUGAAAUCGUGAUCUCGUUCAUAAACAAGGUUCGGCUUGA